CUCUUUCUCCACAACCACCAGAAUAAAUCCUCUCUGCAUGACAUAGAAAACGUUUUCUUCCCCCAGAUCAACCUCCAAAUUUGAAUUCAUUGUUUUCUGAUCUUUCUUUCCUUGUACUUUUCUUCUUCGAUCUGUUCACAUUUCGAAAAACAUCAUCCCGUCAUCUUUUAUCUUCUUCUUAUUCAUGCCCAAAGUUUCAUCCCAAAACUGCAAUAGAGAUGUUUCCUACCUCAAGUCUUCAACCCUCCAAAUGGGUAUCUGCUCAAAAGCUUGAAACUUUUCAUUUCUGGAUAGCCCAAUUUUCCAAAGAUUAGGUGUUUGAAAAAAAAGGUUUUGGUGUUAUUGAAGGCUUGAAGAGUAGGUUUUAGUUAGUGGGUAAACACAAUGGAGGAGGUAGGCUUGAAUUUGGAAGAAUGGAAGUUGGAGGUGUGCAAGCUCGAAAAGGCCUUUAAGAAUUGCCUUUCCAGUUGCAAUAGGAUUGAAGAUUGCUUCAGCUCAACCCGGAAAUCGUUAGAGACUAAAACCCAAGAGCUUAAGGCCCGGGAGGAGGCAAUCGGGCUCCGAGAGAAGCAGUUGGCAGAGACAGAGUUUAACUUUCAGUCCCUGUGGGGAAUUAGGGAGAAGGAGUUGGAUGCAAUUGAGGAGGUGGUUACACAGAAGCUAGUACAAGUUGAUGAAGUUACGACUGAGUUGGAUCGUGUUAGUUUACUGGUUGAAGAAAAGAGGCAGGAGCUUGAUACUAAAGAGAAGCGGUUUUUGGAAGUUGACAAGUUGGUUAGAGAAAAUGAAAAGGAAUGUGAUUUGAUCCAAAACCGUAUUAAAGAGAGGAAGAGGAAUUUGAGGAGGCUUGAGAAGGUUAGUGGGGAAAUGGAUGUGAAAAUGAAAAGUUUUGGGGAAAUGGAUGAGAAAAUGAAAAGUUUUAGAUUGCUUGAGAAAUCCAUGGAGGAUUGGUGCCGUACGCUUGACUUGAAAAAGAAGGAACUUGAGGGAUCCUCUGAGAAGCUUGAGUUGAAAAAAGGGUUACUGAAUCAAACUGUUGGAGAAUUAAAUGUUCUUGAUGACAGGGUCAACUGCUGCCUCGAUGAAGUUCAAAGGAAAGAGAGGGAACUUGAACUGAAAGAGAUACAAGUUGAAUCAAAAGUUGAGGUGCUCAAGUUGACAGAGAUGAGGGUCGACAAACGCCUCUAUGAAGUUGAAUUGAAAGAAAAAAAUCUUGAUUCACUGAAGAAGUCAGUAGAUGAAGAGAAAAAAUGUUUGGUGUCACUCAGUAAGAUUGCUGAAGAGCGCAAAAAGCAUUUGGAGUCGCAGCAAAAGUUGGUAAAAGAGCGCGAAAAGUGUUUGGAUUCCCUAUCGGAUGACCUUGAGAAGAAAAUGAAGGGACUUCAUCAACUGGCCAAAGACCUUAAAUCAAAGAUACAGUCUGAUUGUCAAUUGAACACUGAGCAAUCUGAACAUACUCCUGGGGCUAACAAUGAAGCAAUUCCUAAAUCUGUCACCAACAUCAUUUCUUCCCCUGCCAAAAAGGAAAAACUAAAAUCGUCUCUGGCCACAAAUUCAGCCAUUUUUCUUUCUUCCAAUCUCGAUGACUCCGAAUUCCCAUCCACAGACAUUGAAUCGCAAGUAGUUCAGCUGGCAAAAAAGGUGAAAUGGAGACUUUUGGCACCAUCUGUUGGUUCUAAUGAACACAAAGAACAGAGAAAAAGGAAAGAACCUGAUAAUUUGACUUAUUCUCGAAGAGUUUCAACCAGGAAAGAACCUGAUAAUUUGACUUAUCAUCGAAAAAGAGUUUCAACCAGGACAGCAAUUUAAGCAUCUUCUGGUUCCUAGAAUGAAGCCAUUCAUGGUAACUAUUUAACACCAAAAUGUAGCCUAAUUCUCAAGACACCUUUUUCAGUGCAAAGUUCUCAUUAUAGUUUGGGAGACACCCCUGAUGAUGAUUGUGAGAUUGCUGCCAUUGUGGAGAAGCAUGUAUAAUAUAUGUAGACUGACUUGACUUUCAUGUAUGAAGUUAGAAACCUUUGACAUGAUGAGAAGUACUUGAAAAA